GCAAAGCCAUUUAAGUGAAGAUUCCCAGCUGGAGUAUCUCAGUGCAGACGAGCAGGAUUUUGGUGAUAGACACAGCUCAAGCGAGUCUUCUGGGCAAACGACCGUAGGAAUCAAAACCUUAAAGCUGAUGGAUCCCGUUCGUGAAGUUCCAGGGGGUGGAGGCACAGAGGAACAGAACCUCGUUGGCGUGUCAGAAGAUUGUUCUGGCUCUGAGCGUGGUAUAGGUGACCAAACCUGCCCCAAAGCAGCUAUUCCAGAGCUUCUCCACCUGCUUCAGGACUCUCCGUCUCUGCCAGAUUGCAACAGCAUGACUUGUGAUGAGGAGGAAGAGCAAACGGAGUAUCACAGCGUUGUUUGUGGAAGUAUACUUGAAAGUCAUUCUUGUGGGAGUAAAGAAAGGGUGUGUCUAAAUCUGCUUGUAUGUGCCAGUUCAGAAGACGGAGAGGUGAAGGACCUCUCGCUGAUUGACGGCACGCUGCCACAGACGGCUACAGGCGAAGUGCCUGAAAACGGUGACAGACACACCCACAGCCUCUCAGCAAAGCAAGGCAAACGGUUACUGUCACCGCAGCAAAGGGCCCCUGCGGUAGCCGCGCCACUCUGCAAACUUGCAGGGGACUCCGAUUUCUACAGCUGUGAGGAAUCCAGUGUGUGCGCACGAGGUACCGGCUGGGUUUACCACGCUGCCAAGGAUGCUGAAACCCUGUUUCCAGCCUCAUCAGUUUGUGCUAGCGAGAAUCCCUUUUUUAAGGUGGAAGCUGCAGAUAAGUCAUCCCGUGGAGGUACCGGCUGUCUGAACUCAGAGUUGGAGCAUCAUGAAAACUUGAAAACCGUGACCAGUAACUCUAUGGUUAACCAGGCUGUUGAUGCGGGCUCUGAUUUUAGAGCUUGCUUUACAACAAGCAGGAGCACUGGUGUUCAGGUUCAUCUCUCGUCCAGGGCUAUGAAUACAGAGAUAACGAUGAUGAACAAAUCUCGGCCCGUGGGAUGGCACCACCAGACCUGUGCAGACAUUGCUUGCAAUACAGACUGGUCGUGUGGAGCUGGUAAUAGAGAGGAAAUUGGGUCACAGCUUACUGACAUGCUGCAAAACCACUCGGAUGGCAGUGCUGCAACAGCUGAAAGAAGUUCACAAAUUCAGGAACAGUGGCAAUCAAAAAAUGAGCAUUGUAGCAGCAAUUUCAAGAUCAGCACUGACAGGCUGUUACACCUGGACAAACAAGCUGUGAAGAAUUCUGUGUUAAGCUACUGUCAAGAAAUGCUGCAGAGAGCGAUUGAAGCAGAAUUGCAGGUUCUAAACAUUCAUUACCAGAUGUGCUAUCAGCACUGCUUGAAGAUCUACAAACUGGCUUUGGAGGAAGACACAUGUUUUAGCAGAUGUAAUGGAAGUACUGAAUUAGGUUUGUCUGUCAUCUUGGUUUUGGAAGAGCUAAAAAAGAAUUACAGCAAUAUGAGAAUGAAAAUAAAAACAGGCAUACCUUUAAAUGCACUUCCACCGCUCUCAGUUGAGUUGAAGUUGUUCCCAAUCUCCUCCUCUUAUGUCCCGAGCAAGCUGUUCAGAGAGGAUCUUUCCUAUGAUUCUGUUUCAGGCACAAGAAAAGCCGACUUUGAAGCACCAAAACUGCAAGAAAGGAAAAUUUCUCUCAACAUGGAUGAUCUGCAGGCCAUAUGUUUCACUGGCGGCCGUCAGCCAAGCGACUCUGCUUCCUCUGAGACCCUGGAAGAAGGAGAUAAAGAACGGGACGUGGAACACGGCUGUGUGAAAAAUGAAGAAGGGAAUGACUGUUGGUUUGAUGCUAAAGACGAAUUGACAGUAGCAGAACUUUUGGUAAUACCUGAAGAAACGAAAAAGCAAGGAGAAAAACAAGACACAGUUGAUUUAAGAGAAGCAAAGAUAAUGGAGAGUGGAAAUGAGUGUUCUUUUAUUCGUGUUGGUGGCCUAAGUUCCUCAGUGACAGAGGGUGAUUUAAGAUCAUGUUUCCAGGAGUAUCAGGUUUCUCACAUUAUCUGUGUGGAUUCUGGCAUCUCCAGAUACGCAUUCCUUUGCUUUAAAGAGACUCAUAAAGCAAAGUUAGCAGCAGAGGAAAUGGACCAGAAAAAAAUAAAAGGAAAACCAAUAAGUGUUGAACUUGUAAAUAACUCAUCAGAGAACAGAUCUAUCGUUUCCCAAAUACUUACAAAUAAGUUUGGGCCUGAAAUCGAACCUGUUGGUAACAGUCAAAGAGAUAAUAACGAGAAAGCGCUCGCUUCGGCCUCCAGUUCUGCGAAAGGACCUGACGCCAGCUCUGCUGCUGACACAAUGCAUCUCCUUCCCACACCUUCUUCAAAAACGCCUUGCUUUACGCAAGUACCUUCAGAAACAGCGUGUCCAGGUCUGAAAUCGUCUGCUGAAGAUUUGCUACCUCCAGUUAACCAAAAGGAUACUGGAGAAAAUUCCCUGCAGAAAACAUCAGCUUCUUUCUCCACUAAUUCUUUUGAUGCCUUUGUUUCUCCUAACACAUUGAACUUGAGCAGCUUUGCCAAAAUAGUGAAGAAACUGCAAGAAAUGCAUCCAGAGGCUACCAGAGACAAAAUUGUGGAUGCUUUGCUGGAGGUGAGGAAGAACAACAAAGGUAUCCUAAGCGGCUUGUCCAUCAACUCUAUUGUGGAAAGGACCUCUGCAGUUCUAAGGAGAUCGACCCCCAAUU